UGUUGCUAAUAGCCCAUUUAGACAAGUCACCCGUUGCUCGUUUUUGGUUUUUGAUAGCGUAGAGACAUUUCAUGGCUUCUGGAGUCUGGGCUGUGUUGAUACACAGCCUGCCACUUCUGCAGAAGGACUGUGAUUCCGCAUAGCUCUACAAACUGCUAAUUUAAAAUGCCCAUCCACAGAAUUUCAGCAAAGAACAUUUGCAACAGAGAAGAGGGGAAAGCACUAGAUACAGCCCUCCUCGCUCAGUUAAGUAGUUCCUCUCCUUGCCAAGUGCUGCAGGAACGCAAUGAAUCUCUGCUUGCCAUCUAACGAAAGCACGCUAUGCCGUGUGAGCAGUGAGUAGCAAGCAGGAAUAAUGGCAUUUGGAAAAGCCACAGCCAUCAAUUGUCAUGAAGGUGUCACAAAUGUAAAUAGGCUUAAACACACAGGCAGUGCUAGUGGAAUCAAGGUAAUUCUGGACUUUUUUGUGACAUAUUACAGUUGCCUUUAUCAUCUGUCUUUUCCAUUUUUUUUAGAGAUUAGAAAUUACUGGCUUCUCUUUUCCUCCUCAGCAAGUGGUAAUCAUUGAUUUUUGCUGUUGCCAUUGUUUUUAUUUUAAAUCUACAUCUGUCAAUAGAGCAAGAUAUUGCCCAUCUGUAUAAGCAUCUCUUUUAGCUUCAAAACCCAGACAGCGUUCAUCCUGACCCGCACACUGAUGCCUGGCAGCGUGCAGGGAUUGCUUCGUCCUCCGGGUACUGGUUUACAGCCCUCCUGGAGCACGGCUCAGGCACAGCUGAAUGAAUGCAGCAACACUGCCGUGCACACACCCUGCCUUGGGGCCCAGUCACAGCAGCAAGGAACCUGCUUCCACUCGCACUUAAUUUACGACAACAUCACGAAGGCAAAAAUGAAGCCGUUACACUGUCCUGUCAGCAAUAAAAGCCAGCAGACGCUUUACAAGUGAAUGAGAACUUUCCAUGGAACUGAGUUGAAGAACUUCACUAUGGGUCAACAGAUUUCAAGCCAGACACAAACUGUAUUGAACAAGUUGCCAGAAAAAGUCGCAAAGCAUGCUUCUUUGGUUCAAGAAAGUGGUUUCCUAACCUAUGAAGAGUUUCUGGGAAGAGUAGCUGAACUUAAUGAUGUUACUGCAAAAUUGGCUUCUGGGCAAGAGAAACAUCUGUUAUUUGAAGUGCAGCCUGGUUCUGAUUCUUCUGCUUUCUGGAAGGUGAUCGUUCGGAUAAUCUGUACUAAAAUAAAUAAAACAAGUGGCAUCGUGGAAGCUUCAAGAAUCUUGAACUUGUAUCAGUUUGUUCAACUUUAUAAAGACAUCACCAGUCAAGCAGCAGGGGUUCUUGCACAAAGUGGUACUUCGGAAGAAGCUGCUGAAAGUUUGACAUCUGUGUCAUCGUGUCAGGCCAGCUUUUGGAUGGGAAGGCUUAAGCAGCCGACAGAUGAAGACGAAUGUUGCAUUUGCAUGGAUGGACGUGUUGAUUUGAUCUUGCCAUGCGCUCACAGUUUCUGCCAGAAGUGCAUUGAUAAAUGGAGUGAUCGUCACAGGAGCUGCCCUGUCUGCCGUCGCCAAGUAACUGGGGCAGGUGAUUCUUGGGUGGUUUCAGAUGCACCUACAGAGGAUGAUGUCGCUUCUUACAUCCUUAACAUGGUAGACGAUGUGGGCCAGCCUCUCAGGCCCUGACACUGACCAACAAGCUGACAAUAGUAGAAGCACUUAAAGCUUUUGUUGUCAUGAAUGUCUGGUUUUACCUCUUGUUGUUCAUCCAUAGUCUGUCUCAAGUCUUCUUGGCUACUGUGAAUCUACGUUACACUUGUAAGACCCAUGGUACACGAGCCAGUAUAUGUGUUUGCAGUCUUAAUGUGAACUUUCAGUGAAAUCUUCAAAUGUUUUCAAAGGUUAUUUUAACAAUAACUUUUGACAUUAACAUUUUGACUACUAGAUGAAGCUAUUUAUAAUAGCGCAGCUACAACUGCUAACUACUGUUUGAACAUCACAGUGUACUGCUGCAAAAGAUGCACCAUACCAGAUGGAUUGACCUCACAGGACUUACCCUUAAAAGCGGUCCCUUUUCGAUUCGUGACAAAUAUGAAUAAAGAUGAGUUAGGUCUAGUUAUUACUUUUUUGAAGUUUUACUGCUGAAACUUGAAGACAGUGCACUACCUAUUCUUCAGUUGCCAAUUACUACAUCUUUUAGUGUUUACAGAUGAUGAUUUCAGUUUGAUCUGCUACAAGUUUUAGUAUUAUUUAAAAUCUGUUUUAGAGGUUGUAGACAUCUGUGUAAAUGUACUUGUGCAUUUACCUUUAUUCUAACUAGGUAAUCUCUUUUUCAAUUUGAUGUUUAGCAUGGUCUCAUUAGCUUGGAAACAUUAAACAGUUUCACAGACAAUCCUAAAAAAGUAAAUCACUUUCUUUCUAUAUUUUUUGAUCUUUCUAUACUUUUUUUAAACAUUAGGCAUACCUGGAAGGAGUGACUUUAUUCUAAUUAGCAGUUAAGUUGUAGUUUAGACUGGUGCUGUGGUUUUAUUUGCUUCCUGUGAGGUUUCAAUGCAGUGAAGUGAGAAAUACUAAGGAAUGCAAGGUGAUAAUCUAACGUGCUGUGCUAUAUAUCUACAAGUGCAAUACGCUUUUAUGUAGCAGAGAGAAUCUUCCACUUUGAUAAUAGUUAUGUUACAUUACAUGACUUACAUUGAGAUAGACGUGUGGAAAUGGAUAUCACAACUAGAGCACAGCAGUUAUUUGUCUAGCAGAGCUGAAUCUUGAAAGAGCUGAGCUGAGAUACUCUAAAACAGAUUGGUAUCAUAAGUAUUCAGAAGCCUUUUGGCUUCCAUAAUGUUGUGGAAACCAACUGCUGUUGUAGAGAAUGAAUAUAUAUAUUUUUGAUAUUAACAAAGACUACUCUUUUAUCUAGAGGCUGUUGAGUGAGUAAUAUUCCAGUGUAUCAUUUUAGGGCAUAUCAGCGUAAAUGUUGCUUACUUUAAGACUGGAUCCUUAAUUGCAAUACUUGCUUAAAUUUGACAAUGCUGUAAGACUAAAGUCUUUUGUCAGGGAAUAGUUCUCAACUAAAAGGCAUGUGCACACAUAGAUAUGCAUAUUUAGGUUAUUUUUUUUAAUUGGCUGCUACAAAAUAAUUUUAUCAUGUCAGUGACCAAAUCUUGGGAAUUUCUCUAUUUUAUUUCUUGUUAACAGAUUAUAGCACCCAUUUGAGCUUGGCUUGUGACACAGUUGUCAAAUUUAUCAUAUGCCAUUUAGACAGAUAAGCGAAGCACUCUUAUUGUGUGUAUCACCUAAAAGCCAAGACAGCAAAAUGUGUAAAUCUCUGUUUAACUGUUUAAAAAUUAGUUUAUGAAUGUAUAUAGCUUAGAGUUAUUUUUUCCCUUUGUUAAUCCUUCAGUGUCAACGGGGUAUUCUUCAGAAAAUGUAUGGACUGCUUGGUUGGGCUGAAAAUUAAUAAUGGUCAGGGAUUUUCCUCUAAAAUAUUUGCAAAUAUUCUUAAUCACACACCAGUUUGGUUCCAGUUUGCUUUUUGAGCUUGCAUUAAUCCAUAUUCAGAACUUGAAAAUAACAUUUGAAUUUUUAAGCUGUUUUUUAUAUUGCUGAAACAGAAAAAGCACCUAAAUCUGCUUCAAGCUAACUUUAUUUUUCAAGUGUUUUGAAAAUUAUACUUCUGAACUGAGAUUUUAUAAGUUAACUUUCUGCUGAGAACUUACAUGAACUUAUUAAAAUGUAAUUUUGUAAUUAAUGCAAACAGAUUAAUUGUAGCAUAAUGACACUUGCAAAUACAAUAUAAAACAAUACAAAAAUUAGUGAAAAGUGAACUUUGUAUUCUGUACAGCUUUUUUAAUUAAGUUGCUUAGAAGUCACAUUGUUGUGAUGUAGGUAAUGUGUGCCUUGUAAAAUGUACUGUACGUGAUAUGGGACAGUAGAUACAGUAACACUGAACACUUAGUAAUUUGGUACAGGCGGUGUUCCCUAGUGUGAAAUAUUACAUUUAGCAAACAGUUUUGGGAAGGGAGUCCCAGUGGCAGGGGCAUGGCAAUGGGUUCCAGGAGCUAGACCUUAAAAUGGGAAUCACUAUGAAUAACUUUCGGUGGGGGGGCAUUAGAAUUGACAUUUCUUGUACGAAAGUGAAGAUUUCUUACAGAUUUCAAGUGAAAUUGUAAUUUAAGCAUUGUAGAUUGUAUUAAUAGCUGAGGAUGUUUCAGUAUAUUACAAUUUGUGUAUGGAUCGUGCAAUAAAGUUACCUUGAAAGAAA